AUGGCUAGCACUACUUUAUUACGUGAUUAUGAACGAAAGCAAAAUGCAGUUCAUUAUUUUAAAGAAAAUGAUGUACCUAAGAGAUUAGAAGAAUUACUGAAUAAGAUUUUAGAAGAUGAACCAGAGGACAUAUUUGGAUAUAUGGCUGAACACUUUAGCCAACUGGCAAAGCUUGCCGUUAUCAACAAUAUAAAAGCGGAAGAAGUUUACGAUAAUAAAGGAAAUCUAACUGUUCAAGUGUCCAUUUGCUGCAAAAUCAAUGGAAUAGAAAAGGCAAUAGCUUCAAGUUGUGUUUAUGUAUCCGGAGGAUCCAGCAAUCACGAACGACGCCAUCAUAAUGGUAAAAAAAGUAGUACAAAAACUUCAUCUCAUAACAACCAUCAAAUUAUUGAAUGUAAACGGGAUAUUCAACGUGAGCUAGCGUUUAUUAACACAAUUGUUGCCGAAUCGUUACUUGAGAAGAAUCCCGUUAACCAACAAGAAAUUGAUCAAAUUUUAAGAGAGGUAAAAUGUGUAGCAACUACCAAAGAUGAAGAACAGAUAGCAGCAGCAGCUACUACUGCUGCUGAAACUGCUGUGACUAUGGAAGAUGCUUCCGCACCUGGUCGAUCGCAAUCGGAAAGGAAGCGUUCAGCAAAUAAAAUGGGACCCGGUGGUCAUUCUACCAUGGACCGCUAUCAAAGCUCAGAUAAAUUGCUGCACUCACCGACUAUGGCAGUAAUCGAUUACGACAAUCAUAUCUUUGCCACGUCGAUAGCCAUUGCUCAAAGUGCAGGAAUUGCGUCAAGACAACCUACUUAUGCUCAUAUCGAUCAGUUAAUGCAUGGCAAAGCUAGAGAAAACUACGUUAUGCCCAUUCCCUUAUCGAUUGUACUCACUCGUGUAAAGUCAGGCGGAAAAAUAAAAUUUAUUAAAGAUGUCAUGAUUUUUCCUUCGAUUGACAUCCCUUAUGUGGACGGAUUACGAAAUGUAGUCGAAGUUUAUCAACAAUUAGGUCGAUUAAGUAUAAAAACGCCUUUAAACAAACAUAUUACAGAUAUGGGAAGCUAUGCUCCUGUAAUGGAUAAAUUUGAGCAGAUACAUGAUAUGCUGCGUGAUGCUUGCACUCAUGCUCAUUUAGAAUUUGGGAAAGAUAUAUUUAUGGGUAUAAAAUGCGCAUCGGAAGAAAUUUAUGAUACUGAAAAAUCGAGGUAUGAAAAGCAGCAAAACAUUUUCAAAUCAUCGAAGGAAAUGAUUGAUAUGUAUGCUGAUCUCCUUGAGAAAUACCCUGCGUUUAUGAUGAUAAUUGACGCUUUGCAUCCGGACGAUGACAAUUGGGCAGAAGUUCACUCUAGAUUGUCGCAUCGAUGUUAUAUCGUCGGAGAUAGAUUAUAUAACCAUGAUAUCGACAUUAAUGAAAAAUUAAUGAAAAAGUCAAUAACUACAGCAGCGAUCGUGCGGCUUAGUAAAUCCAUGCUCGUGUCUGAUGUUAUUCAGGCCGCAAAUGUAUAUACAUCACAAGAUCAACAUUUGGUUAUAAGUAAUAGCUAUGCACCUGAAGAUUGUAAUUUUGUAGUCGAUUUGGCUGUAGGAGUUGGAGCAAGGUUUUUACAGUUAGGGGGUCCUGGUCGCAGUGAAUGGACAUGCAAAUAUAAUCGACUAGCCGAUAUCUGGAGCAAUCUUCAUAACAACAAUAAACUUAGCCCUAUUCCUAUGCAUACUGUACCAAGGGAAGUCCAGGACGAGCAAGAUCAGUUAUUAGAAUCAAAUCAAGCUAUCGUUUCUGCUAACGAUGCCAAUUUACAAGAAAAAGAAUAA